GUUCGUAUUCGUCAGCUGUUUGCGCUUUAUUUCACUUUUCGUAGCAUUUUAGCGAUUUUGUUUUGGGACGCGCACAUUAAAUAGAUAAAUCAAAAUGCCAAAAAUUCGUCGCAGUCGUAAACCGCCGCCAGAUGGCUGGGAACUUAUUGAACCAACGCUGGAAGAGUUGGAACAAAAAAUGCGCGAGGCCGAGACGGAACCGCACGAGGGCAAGCGCAUUACGGAAUCUCUGUGGCCCAUCUUCAAGAUUCAUCACCAGAAAACGCGCUACGUGUAUGACUUGUUCUAUCGACGCAAGGCCAUAAGUCGCGAGCUAUACGACUACUGCCUGAAGGAGAAGAUUGCCGACAGUAAUUUGAUAGCCAAGUGGAAGAAGUCUGGCUAUGAGAAUCUUUGCUGUCUGCGUUGCAUUCAAACGCGCGACACGAAUUUCGGCACCAAUUGCAUUUGUCGUGUGCCAAAAUCUAAACUAGAGGAGGGUCGCAUUGUGGAAUGCGUUCAUUGCGGUUGUCGCGGUUGCUCGGGCUAAUCUGCUCACGGAUUACUAGGAAAGCUAGCAUAGCUUAUAGGCUUGUAUCAUGUUCGCUUAGCACUGAUCUGAACCAUUUGACAAUGCAUAAGGUGGAACUAUUUUUCCAUGUAUAUACUACAAUGUUAGUCUUAAAUAUCGCCAUGCGGCAGAAUUAUAUGGUACACUGGAAAUUG